ACUCUGGCCAAGCAGCUGUUUUUGGUUUUUUCGGAGUUUUUUACAAAAGUCAACAAAAAGUUGAUUUGCUCUAAUUUUAUAUUGAAUUGCAAUUAAUCGACAUGAGUAGCUCGAAAAAACGUAUUAAAAGCGAUCAAAUACCCAAGCCAAUAACCAUAAAGAAGGAGAAAUCUGAGGAAGAUCGCACACUUCAACCCAUUUCCCAUUACAUCGAUGACCGCCUCGAGCUGGUCAAACAAAUCUUUGGCACACUGAAGCCAAAGACGAUUAUGAAUCUGGCGCCAGAGUUUCUUAAGGAAACCAGCUUGGAUGAAAUCGAGGAACUCUGCCUAAACGAGCUGCUUUGCAUAUCUACCAAACGUCUAAAGUCGAUUAUUGCAGACACGCGCUGUCCCACCGACACGGAAAGCUCAGAGGACUCGGACGUGGAGCACAAGGAUGAACACAUCUCGCUGGAGGAGAUUUCAUCGGAUAGCGAUAUUGGUGGCAAUGAGUCACGUCGAGCUAAGAAAUUGCGGAAAUCAAGCGCUAAAAGAGCCGAUAAAACCAAUGAAAAUAAGGAACCGGAUGGACAAAUCAGUGUUCUGGAGCUGCUCGAGCUGCAGGCGCGUGCGCGUGCUAUUCGCUCCCAGCUGGCCAUGGAACCCAUUACAAAGAUCGAAGUGAAGUCGGAUGACGAUGAGCAGAUGUCAAAGAAGCUGCCAGAUAAGGAGCGGCGCAGUCACAAGAGCUCUAGUGCGAGCAAGCGAAAGUCCAGCGAGUUAGCCAACAAGGAGCAGCCGCAGGUACAAACAAAUGGCAGCAGUUCAAAACAAGCCGCAGCUCCACCGAAGAAGAUCAAGCUAAAGCGCAACUAUCGCACCUCCACCAAGUCGCCGGAGAAGGAGGAUAAUCCAAAGCCCGCGCCCGACCCCGUCCAGGAACAGCACAAUUCGCGUUCGGCCUCGCCGGAUGUGAUACCCAUACCAGCGGAGCCGGAAACACUGCUCAUAAGUGACAGCACCGAUGAUGAAGGCAAACAGCCGGACAAGCAGCAAACGGAGGCAACAGGAACGGCAGCUGAGACGCAACCGGCGCCUGCAGCGAACCCACAACCAGCCCCAGCUGAGGAAAGCGAGCCCGAAGAGGGAGAGGUGAGGGAGGAAAGCGAAAAUGAAACUGAAACUCAGCCCGCAGCCAAGGUCGAGCAGGACCAGGAGCCGGCAGUAGCAUCGGAAGCUGACAAAGAAGUAUCAGUGGCAACUGAUGCGGCUUCAAUCGAAAAAGCAGCCCCAGCUGAAGAAGUGCCGGCAGCCACUGUGGAGUCCAAUGAGGCAGUGACUGAGUCAGAGCGGCCGCUGAGCACGUCCGUUGUAGAUGAUGAGGAUCAGAACGACGAUAUCAUUUCCAUAGGCGGAGAUCUGGAGCUGAUUGAAGAGCUGGCCAAAGUGGAAGAUGAACCAGCUGUUAAGGUCAAGAGCGAGGCACCCGAAAAGCUAGUCGAGCCGGAUGAGGAGGACAACGACGUCAUAUCGCUAAACACCAGCGACGAUGAUCACGAGAAACUACAGGAAGCCAAUUCGGAGUCCUGGCGCACACGCUAUCUGAAGAGCUCCAAGGUUAGCCAGGUGCUGGCUGCCUCGAGGCUGGGCAAACGCGUGCGUGAUAAAAUCAAGAAAUCGAAUCGCGACCAAAAGCGCAACGACACCAAGGAAGCCGGCGAUGAGAAAUCCUCACAGCAGCAGCAGCAGCAGCAGCAGCAGCAGCAGCAACUACAACAACAGUUCACGUCCAAGCAUGAGGAUGGUUCCAUGGAGCAAUACCAGGAGCUCUUACAGCACCGACAGCGCAAAAGUUCCAACGGCAGCAAGGGCGACAAAUAAACGACUCGCAGCGAUUUGUUAUUGAAAAGUCGCUUAGUCGAAUGUUGCCGGCAGGCAAAAUUAUAUAGCAUAUAAAAAAUAAACUCACAUAAAAUAGGUACCAAGCGAACGCACAGAAA